AUGAGGGGUUCCGAUGAUAGCGCAAUGGUGGGGUUCACGACGUUGCACACUCCCAUAAACUCUACAGUGAAAACGGAAGCUGCCGAUGCACCGGUGGACAUCAAGUUGUCAUUUCCAAAAACAAGUUCGGGAGAAGGUCAGGAGACAUUUCGCCAGCUGAAAAUUCUAUCAGCCCGAGCCGAGCAACUAAGGAAGGAGCAGGAGACGCACCUCCAGAAGGCUCAAGAGCUGCAGCGACUGAUAGAAGCGGGCGAACUUGCUUGCGGGCGAAUGACUCAACAAGUGCUGCAAACACAAGAGGUAAUUCGGCAGAUGACUCGGCAGGUGGCGGAGACACAGAAUGCAAUUGAUAUCCGGAGAAGGCACAUCAAUGAAGACGAGGAUAGAUUAUCGCAAGAGAUGCGGUCCAGAGCGCGCAAAACGGAGGAAAUUAUGUCGAUUGUCUCACAAAUUAACACACUUGCAAUAGAGGCGAAUGCUGAAGCAUCCACUAGUGGUGCGUCACUUUGGCACGAGUCAGACUGA